UUCACGAGAUACUGUAACUUUCCCUAAAGCCUGAAGCUUAUUACUCAGACCGCCAUGUCCUCUCAUCGUACACUUGAAGGGGAUUUACACUGGGGCAUUACAUCCUGGUAUGCCAACUGCUCAGCACAGGACAAGAAUGCUCUGCAGAGGGUGGUGAAAACAUCUCAACUGAUCACAGGCACACAUCUUUCAUCAAUCCAGGACAUCUACUCCAAAACGCUGUCUCAGGAAAGUUGAAAGCAUUAUGCAGGACUCCAACUACCCCACACAAAUGCUUUUCUUUGUACUUUGUACAAUGUACUACCAUAUUGCUGCUACAUUUAACAUAAUGCUGCUACUCAAAUAUGUGAAGUGUUACAUAUUGUAUAAUAUAUACAUGUAAAUAUAUAUAUAUAAAUAUAUUUUCUUAUUUUUAAACACAGCACUAGAUUCACUUAUACACUUAAUAAAAUUUAUGUAUAGUUAGGUUUGUCCUCUGUGUGAAUAUGUUCACCCAUUGUCUUUUUGUGGAUAAUGCACAUUUUAUGUUGUCAGUCUGUGAGAAGCACCCAAGUAAGAAUUUCAUUGUACUUGGUACAUUGUGCUUUGUACAUAUGACAAUAAAUGCUUUGACUUUGUAAGGACCAACAGAGUAGAGAUAUUUUUCAAAAAAAUCUUUGUUUGUGUUCUGCUGAAGAAAGAAAGUCAUACACAUCUGGGAUGGCAUGAUGAGCAAACAUGGCUUCAAUGAUCGUUGUGGUCCUUGCUGUAGUUUGUCUAAUCCCUACUGUGGUUCACACCAAAGCUUUGUGGGAACUGGAAUGUCAGCCUACAGUUGGAAUUGUUGGUCAGCCCACAGUUAUUAGAUGCCAUAUCAAAUACAGUGGUGAUUUCGAAGUUGUUGGUGUUGCCUUGAAAAAUGUGAAACAGGAUAAUCCAGUUUUUCAACAUAUAAUAAAAGAAACACCAGCAGGAGACCCACGCUUUAGUCUAGUAAACCAAGGAAAGGAUCUAUCACUGCAACUCUCUGACACAAUAUUUUCUGAUGAGGGUGAAUAUGAGUACUAUGUUGCAACAAACAUUGGUGAAAAAACGGCAAAACUUAGAAUCAGUGUCACAGCCAAGUACAGAGAUCCACUUACAAGUUCAUGGCCUGUAAAUGUAACAGACGGAGGACCUGUUGACCUUUACUGCAAUGCUACUGAAGGCUACCCAGCAGGGACCAUUCAUUGGUUUGACCAAUCUGGAACAAAUUGGACCAUUAAUUCAAUCCUGACAAAAGCCAUCAAGGACACAAAUGGCUCAAAAUCUGUGGCUUUAUCUAGCAAACUGACUUUCAAGUCUAUUGACUCCAGUCUGGCGCCAUUUAGAUGUGUUGUCCUCAACAGCAAAUGUGUCAAGGAAGGAGAAACGACAUUUCAGAUCAUGCUCAAACAGGGUGCUGAAAAGGAGCAAUCAGGCUCUAAUACAUCAAACAUUGUUGCUGGUGUGAUGGUCAUUGGAUCGCUUACUGCUGGUCUUCUGUUUGCUCUGCUGUUCUGCCGAAGAAAACGCAUUCAGAAUGCUAGACGAGCUUCUACCCAACCUAUGCUAAAUAAAUAUUACCCAGGAAAAACUGCUGAACCUGAUCUGGAAGGAGAUACCGAAACAGGCACAAAUUUAAAUAAAGUCAGUCUUGAAGCUUCCACUAUAGCAGGGAUGAGAAACUGAGCCAUGAUUCACAUCUACUAUGGCCCAGUUCUGCCACCAUUUAACAAAAACAAAAUUGAAGUCAUUUUGUGCCUUGUGCAUUUUGUAACAGACACUGAAAAAAAAUGUUUUGUUGAGAAACAUAAAAAAUGUGCUUCAUUUGUAACAUCUGAAUUAACUGGUUUAAUUCAAGUCAUACAUUUUGAUUUAAUAUGACUGAAUUAACCUGAUUAUAUUAAGUUUAUCUAACAAGCAUAAAUUCCAGGGGUUGAAUCAAGUAUUGAACCUUAAGAUAACAAUUACAGCUUUUUUACAGUGCAGUUGACAUGACAUACUUUUGGAAUGCCCAGUGGUGUGACAUGCUAUAAUACUAAAACUAUUUUAAACAGCAUUUUGCUAAUCCUUUUAUAAUUAAGCAUGCCGAUUUUAUUAUCUAAUAUUAUUUGAAAGACUACCUGGAAUAUUUGUACUUUAAAAACUCAAACUUUGUCACACCGCAGGACCAUUUAAAAUGAACUACUGAUGAUUUAUUACUGGUGAUUUAAAAUAGUGAAAAUUAUGACCAAUUGCACGACCUAAGAUAUACACUUUUUUUCUUAUACUUGCAUAUACAUUUUUACCUAAACUCUUGAUUUUUAUUUUAAAAAAAGUCCAUAAUAUUUUUGUCAAUAAGGACGGACAGUAAGAAUGCAAAGAUGUUUUCAGAAUGUUUAACUGUGAUUAAUGAUUGCGAUUACUUCUUUUCUUUUCUAAACAAAUGUGGGUUUAGGGAUCAUAUUUACUGUGUGUACCUGUCACAUUCAUCAAUACAUAAAUCUAAUCCACUAUUGCAUUAUGAAAUGUAUAUAGCCUGUAGGGGAGACUGGGGCUGGGUGUCACACAGGGAAGGGCUAAAUCUCAUCAAAAAUAAGGUUUUGAGUCAAAAGUUCAGUUCCACAAAUAUUUUCUCUAGCAGUGAAUUUCGAUGUUGGUUUCAAACACCUAAUUCAAAAGAUGAUUUUUGUGAAUUUUAACUAUAAUUCAUAAUUCAUAUUUUUAUUAGCUUUCUCAGAAAAAAGGUAUUUUUCAUUAGUGUUUUUUAUUGGGCAAGUUGUAUUGUGUUUUAAAUGUCACAAAUUAACACAAUUUAUCAAUAAUAAUGUUUGUUGGCCAAAAAAGUGGUUUUACAUUUUUGUACAUUACACUUUUAUUUUGUACAUUACCCAUGCUUCAUAAUUGUUUUACAUUUUAUAUUUGGAUGAAAAGCCUAUAAAAAUUACCUAUAUAAUAAAACUGACUUUCAGAAAUAAAUGUACCCUUAGGAAAAAAUGUGGCAACUAGCCAGACUCCCCUAUAACUGAAAUGUAAAUAGUGUUUUUUAUGAAACAAUAUAUCACUAGCGCUAUAACAGUUAUUUGACAACAUUUGUUUCGACAACAUUCAACACUUCACUCAACAAAAAAAAAAAAAUAUUUUAAGAUUUAUGCAUUUCAAUUUCAUAAUAAAAUUCCAUUAUAUUUAAUUUAAUUAUCUUAUAAAAUAAAAACAAAAAACUAAAUAUUCAAAAAAAAAAAAAAUGUUUUAUUUAAUUUUGUUAAAUCUUACACAAUUCAAUUUGAUGGAAUUUUGUUAUGAAAUUUAAAAUAUUUUAGCCUCAAUGAAAAUUACUCUCAAGCAUUUGAGGUAAAAUGGGAUGUCUAGAUUACCAUGUCUAGAUUAAAUAAGAAUUCUAAGAAUUUAUCUUUUUUAAUCUAAAACAAGAGAUUUGUAUAUUACAUUUCACUUUCACUUUUGCAGAUGCCUUUUAUCUUAAAUUGCAGCCUACUAAUUAUGUAAAAC